UAGCCAACCUUAAGAAAACUCAUGACACACUUUACAAUUGACAUCUUUGCAUCGCAAUGAUCUCAGUGGUUUUUUUAAUGAUUUCAUGGUCAUCCUGACAAACCUUUCAUUGGUGGUGACGACGUCUUAUUUUGCAAACAAAGAAAUAUACGCUGAUUAAGUUAAUUCGAUAAUAUAUUAAGUAAACACGAGUACAUGAAAGCCACCCUUCUCCAUAGUUUCCUUUUCUCCUUCGUAUAGUGAAUUGAGUGUGUGAAACAAAAUGUCAACUCCUGCCAGAAGACGUCUGAUGAGAGAUUUUAAGCGCUUACAAGAAGACCCACCUACUGGUGUCUCAGGAGCUCCCACGGAUAACAAUAUCAUGAUCUGGAAUGCUGUGAUAUUUGGACCUCAUGAUACUCCAUUUGAAGAUGGAACAUUCAAACUAACCAUUGAAUUUACAGAAGAAUACCCCAAUAAACCACCAACGGUUCGAUUUGUAUCCAAAAUGUUUCACCCAAAUGUAUAUGCUGAUGGUGGUAUUUGCUUAGACAUAUUACAAAACAGAUGGAGUCCUACAUAUGACGUUUCAGCAAUUUUAACUUCUAUACAGUCUUUAUUAAGUGAUCCCAAUCCAAAUUCACCAGCAAAUUCGAUGGCUGCACAACUUUACAAGGAGAAUCGACGAGAAUAUGAAAAAAGAGUCAAAGCAUGUGUAGAACAGUCCUUUAUUGAUUAGUAUGGGCUACAUAUUUCAAACACCAUGUUUGAGAAAUCUCUGCUGGUAUUGGCUGACACCUCCAUUCAUUGGGACUUGUGUGUAAAUUUUGAAUUGUAACUUUAUAAUCUAAACCUGUUUUACUGCAACCACCUUUCUAAGCAGUCAAAAUACACAAUUAAUUUUACAUAGUUAAAAAAAUAUUGUAAACAUUUGUCACAGGUAGAAUAUAUGAUAAAAGAUUCAUCAAUAUUAAUAUAUAUAUUGACAAUAUAGGAAUGUGUGCAUUGCAUACCAUUAACAAUAGGAUAGUAGUGAGUUUAAAACAUUAUAAAAUAUAAUGUAUUUUUGUUUUUUUUUAUUCUUAUAUUCAAAUAAACUGUUUUGUAUUUUUAAGUGUUUGGCUAUAUCUUAACAGCAUAAUGUUGCCAAAUUUUCAGUGUUUCUUUUAAACAAGUUGUCAAAAUAAAUUAUCUUUGAUAAAAAAUACUUCCAAUUCCUUUAUUACAGUUAAAUUCAUCAAUUUAUAUAUAAACAUUGCUUUUUAUAUUAAUAUUGUCACGCAUCUUUAGAAGAAAAUACAUUAUACAUUUUUUUCAUAUUAACAAGUCAUAAAAAUAAUUUUUAUGUUGUAUAGAAUAUUCUGUAACUGAAAGUAAUAAAAUUUUUUAAAAUAUUGAAAUUUGUUUUGAGUUUAAGCAAUGUUGACUAAGAGAAAAAAAUAUUACUUUGUUUAUUUUUUUAAUAUACUAUACUUGUUUAAUUAGUUACUAUAACUUACUGCUUUAAUUUACAAAAAAAAAUAGAAUAGUUAUCUAAAUACACACAAUGUUAAGUGGUCCCAAUGAAGGAUAUCUAGGAAGAUGUUGAGACAAUUUUCUUGCCUUUUGGUGGACUGAAAAUUAACAGUUUCAACUGAUUAAGUAGGUGUGUGUACAAUGUUUGUCUUCUAGUAAAUAUUAUUUUUGGUUUCA